ACUGCCGCCGACGACGACUGGCAACCGCAACCAUGUCUGCGCCCGAGCUCUUUGCCGGCCGCGAGCAGCCAGACACGCUGUGCCUGUUUGACGUCGACGAGACGCUGACGCCCGCGCGCAAUGCCGUGUCGCCCGAAAUGAUGGACCUGCUGACGACGAUCAAGACGAAAAAGUGCGCUAUUGGCUUUGUCGGCGGCUCGGACCUGGCCAAGAUCCGGGGCCAGCUGCAGCUGCCGGGGCUGCCCGAUGCGACCGACUUCUUCGACUAUGGCUUCGCCGAGAACGGCCUGAUUGCCUAUCGGGCCGGCAAGGUGCUGGCGUCGCAGAGCUUCAUCGGCUGGCUGGGCGAGGAAAAGUACAAGACGAUGGUCAAGUUUAUCCUCGGCUACAUAUCCCAGCUCGACCUUCCCAUCAUGCGCGGCACGUUUGUCGAGUUCCGGAACGGCAUGAUCAACGUGAGCCCCAUUGGGCGCAACGCGACAAACGACGAGCGCAAGGCAUUUGAGGCCUACGACCGGGAGCACCAGGUGCGCACCAAGUUUGUCGCCGUGCUCCAGGAGCGCUUCCGCGACUACGGCCUCACCUUCAGCAUCGGCGGCAUGAUCUCCUUUGACGUCUUUCCCUCGGGCUGGGACAAGACGUUUGCGCUGCGCCACGUGGAAAAGGACGGCUUCAAGACGAUCCACUUCUUCGGCGACAAGACGUACAAGGGAGGAAACGACUACGAAAUCUUCAGCGACGAGCGCACCGUGGGCCACUCGGUGGCCAACCCGCAAGAUACCAUGGUCCAGCUGCGCAAGCUGUUUGACCUGUGAUGCUGCCCUCAUCGCUUUGCUUUUGUCUGGGCUUACAAGAACAAUUGAAUUGGAAGUAGAUGAGAUGGGC